AUGGCACAAGAGUCGAUAACUGGUAUCAAAAAUCAGCGGAUAACGAUUGCAGCAGUGGGAAAUCCAACCUCGGAUACUGUUAUCAUAGAGAUGGGUGACGAAUGGGGAAAGUGUAAUUUGGCGAAUCUGCUUUUGGAUGGCCUUAAAGUUGUAUCUGGAAGCGGAGGAUUUGGGAUGUGUGGUUAG